AUGAGCAAGCACAAGAAUGUGUUGAAGCUUUUCGGAUGCUGCCUGGAUACAGAGUUACCCAUGUUGGUUUAUGAAUUCCCGGAAAAUGGAAACCUCGUUGAUUACUGCAGCGGAGGGGAGAGGGAGCCACUUCCAUGGGAAACCAAGUUGAGGAUUGCUACAGAGAUAGCAACUGCUGUUGCAUAUCUCCACCAUGGCUUUUCCAAGACGAUCAUCCAUAGAGAUAUCAGGCCCUCAAGAAUUUUCUUAGGCAAAGACAAUGUUGCCAAGCUGUCAGAGUUCCGAAUGUCAAUACCAAAUCCGGAAGAGACUCUUAGGAAAGGGCGUUUUACAGAAAGGAGUGACGUUUAUGCCUUUGGUGCUCUACUAUGUGUACUCUUUACGGAAAAGCCACUCAAAGAAUUGAUCUUAGGUUCAGAUCCUUGUUGCAGAAGCAACACAAAUUCGGAGGACGAAGAUGAAUCGUUGGACAGUUUACAUCCAAAUUCAGAUGAAGAGGAAGAUUAUACUUGGUAUGGAGAUCAUAUAGCAUAUGCUUGUACAACUCACUUGAAGACCAAUGUCCUGCAACAAGGAAAUGAAAUGCAGAUGAGCAAGCACAAGAAAGUGAUGAAACUCUUAUGUAAAUAUAUAGUAAAUGCAGUUGCAUUUCUCCACCAUGGCUUUUCCAAGACCAUAACCCAUCGAGCUUCUAACAGCAAAGCUACUCCUCAGCUGGCAAGCAGCCCAGCUCCUUAUGGCUGCAUUAGGGAAAAAGAAAGAACUGGUGCCUAA